UUAAGAACACUGAAAUGAGUAAAAUGCUUCUGUUUUUUAUAAUGUGGAGAGAAAAACAUAAAGGAAAACAGGAAAGGGUUAGUCCCCACACUGCUGCAUGAUUAUGAAACCACUGUGAUCAUGUGAUGCCUUCUCCCAUCAUCAUCAUGACAAGUUGGAAGUCUGACCUUCCGCCAGCACACAAUUUGCCAAGCAGGGACUGAAGAGCACAAUACAUCAGCAGUGCACUUUAGAAAACACUAGGGGCGGAGUUUGACCUCUCAGGUCUCAGAACAUCACUAAUCCGAGUCGGACAUUCCGGUCCAGGCCAUCAUCGACCCUGUUCGUGCGGAAGAUGGGAGAGAUUUCCACCACAACAACACGAUCCUGGCGGCUGUGCGCGGUCCCCCGCUGAGCUCGCUGCCUGUCUGCCCGCCUGACGCGGCUGCGUGGUCGGAGGAUGCAGCGCAGAUAGUGCGCCGCAUGCGCCAGGAGGAGCAUCUCUGCAGUCGUUCGUUGUGUUUGCGGGAUGCAGGAGAAAGUCUGCGGGAUUUGAGCGCUGACAGCUCGGCCGGAGGAGAGAGGUACCCGCCGCCGUCACAGCUUCCAGUAAAUGUCCCAAAACACACUUCCAAGGCUUCCCAGUGGCUGAUUCUGGCAAUGCUUUUCGCGGACCACCGUGAGGGUGUGUGGGGAUGAGAUGGACGGAGCCUAUGGCCAGGCCAGUGCACCAGCUCCCAUGUCCCAGCACAUCCAUCUGCAGCAAGUCUCCCUCCAACUCUGGAGAAGCUGCAGGAUCUAACUCCAUGGCAUGGGUGAAGAUGUUUAAGAAACCCGGAGGAGGCCUGAAGAAAUCCUACCAGCCUGGAAGCAUGCUUUCACUCGCUCUUACUAAAGGUCUGCUGAACGAGCCCGGACAGAACAGCUGCUUCCUCAACAGCGCCGUCCAGGUGCUCUGGCAGUUGGAUAUUUUCAGGAGAAGUCUGAGGCAGCUCUCAGGUCACUUUUGUCUCGGAGACGGCUGCAUUUUUUGCGCUUUAAAGAGUAUUUUCAGCCAGUUUCAGCAGAGCAGAGAGCGAGUGCUCCCUUCUGACAGCCUGCGCAACGCUCUGGCUGAAACUUUCAAGGAUGAGCAGCGCUUUCAGCUUGGUCUGAUGGAUGAUGCUGCAGAGUGUUUUGAGAACAUCCUGGAGCGCAUCCAUUUGCACAUAGUUUCGGACACAGCGACUGACGCCUGCUCCUCCAAAUCCUGCAUUACUCACCAGAAGUUUGCAAUGAUGCUCUACGAGCAGUUCGUGUGCCGAUGUUGCGGUGCGUCCUCAGACCCUCACCCGUUCACAGAGUUUGUACACUAUGUCUCUACCACUGCUUUAUGCCAACAGGUUGAUCGCAUGCUGGGGAAGCACGAGCGCCUCCGGUCAGACAUGUUUGGAGAACUGCUGCAGGCAGCAAAUAGCACGGGAGAACUGCGGAGCUGCCCUAGUGACUGCGGCCAGAGCAUUAAGAUCCGCCGGGUUCUUAUGAACUGCCCUGAGAUAGUGACCAUCGGAUUUGUGUGGGACGCCGAACAGUCUGAUCUGACUGACGAUGUCAUCCGCUCCAUCAGCCCCCGUCUGAACUUGUAUGGGCUUUUCAACAGAGUCACUGAUGAAGCUGCCAAACGCAGUGAGCUGCAUCUGGUGGGGAUGAUCUGCUUUUCAAGUAAACAUUACUCCGCUUUUGCGUAUCACACCAAAUCUUCAAAGUGGAUUUUUUUCGACGAUGCCACUGUAAAGGAGAUUGGAUCCAAAUGGAAGGAUGUCGCUUCGAAAUGCAUUCGAGGACACUUCCAACCUCUGCUUUUGUUUUACACCAAUCCAGAGGGGAGUCCGGUAUCCAACGAAGAUGCCCCGCGACAAACCACUAUGUGUCCACGCUACAAAGCCCAUGUAAAUGGAGACGUGACCAUGAAACUUCCAUUCAGUAUCCCUAAACAAUUCCGGGAACCUAUCAUGGAGAACUUGCAGAGGCCAAGUGAGACAUUAAAGAAGGACAGAGGACAUCAAAGAAUGGAGCCGCUGCAACACAAAGACAUCACCUAUGCACGAUCUGCAACCUCACCAGAGAACGGGCCGAGACCGCUCAAAGGUUUUUCUGACAGGCCGUCCAGCAGUUCCGCCCGGGUUCCUCAGGAGCCUCACAGACAGCCCAGCAGUACGCAGAACAGCCGGAAGACAAACACCUCUCAAGGUCACUUUGAUCAGGAAAGCCGUCAUGAACAGUGGGACAAAGGCGCAGGAAGUCGUAACAAGUAUAAGCCUGCCUGGAGACCCAUCCGGGAGGUUUUGAACGUGGACACGGUUCUGAAUGAACUGGAGCAGCGGCGUCAGCAGCAACAAGACAGCCCACGCUGCAGCAAGACCGUUUCCCAGGAAAGAGGGCGCCCCGAUCAAAGAGUUUGCACGCACGAAUAUGCACAAACGGCGGAUGAACGCAAACAGAAGUACCUAAUGACAAUAUAUGAGGAAGAACACCGGCAAAAAAGCGACAGUCACAGCUCUGUGGAGUCAGAGAGCAAGCUCAGCCAGCAGAGGAACAGCCGACUCAAAGGCUGCUCCAAGGCUCUGCUGCGGAGCGAUACCUGGACGAUUCAAAGAACAGAGUCUGGCUAUGAGAGCAGUGACAGGCUCAGCAGUGGCUCCACCAAUCCUGACUCUCCAGGCGUCGAUGGAUUUGGCAUUAGACCCGACCAGAGAUCCACGCCUGACGUGCAAAGCCAGCUGAAUCAAAAGGGAGUGAAUACAAAAACAAGCAUUACGUCCUCUCCCCCACAUAACGGAAAACAUCAGCCCAGACCUCAGGGAAAGAAAUAUGAUCAACCUACAAUUUCCCAUCAGAAGUUCAGUCCAUGUUCAAGACGUAAAUCAAAGUAUGGAAGCACCUCCAGAAAAGAGAAGACGUUUGCUGGUUCUGAGAACAGGCAGACUGAGUUACAGGAGCUGACAAACUUCAGACCGCACAGCGUUGAAAGUUCAACUCUGAAGCAAAUCACAAAAACCAGUAGCUCUGAAUGGAACAGCUCAGAUGAUCUUGCUCUAUCUGAGUCUGAAGACAGAGAAAGCACUUAUCUGUCAAGUAACAGUGAGGCUGUCUCCUCCGACUCCCAGUGCCCUCAAAUUUCCCUACAGUACCACCCAAACAACGGGCCUGCAGAGGCUCUCCUUCCGGACAGCCAGCAUCAGCUCGGCCCGACGGGGUCGCCUAAUCUUCGACCCUCACAACGGAUGUCCCAACAAGGUGAGGCGAGCCACGGCUUUAACUCCAGGAUGCUUCAAGAACCCUUUUCAUCAAGCCCUCAUCUUUCGUCGACGUACUACUUCAGUCCUCACCGGAAGCCCGACAUGUCGGGUCUGCGAACUUUCUCAGAUGCGAGUUCCAAAUCAGGCUCCGACCCUGAAAGGAGUACGCAGUCGUCGUGUGAAAGCGAGGAGAGACUCGCUGGGGGUAAAGCGGAGCAGGCAGCGCCCGCUCAAGAAGUUUCCCUGACGACCUACUUCAAUGUGGACAACUGCAUGACGGAAACCUACCGUCUCAAGUACCACAACCAGAGGCCUCUAGUCCUUUCUGCCACAGUGCCACGGACUGCAGCCGUGAGUGAGCGCAGAGAGAACAGCCAAGCAAACCCCAACGACUCACACUCACAGGAUGUGCCAAAAGCCAAACCUGAAACAAGCCAUAACAGCAAUAAACCGACUGCAAAAUGGAACCCGGUGACAACCAAAGGACUGGAUGAACGAGGUUUUUUAUGAAAGUUGACUUGGUAAGUUUCGAUCCACAGGAAUGGACAGGAAAAAAAAAAGCGGAUGCCAAAGAGUUUACGGAAUGAACAUGUGCUCAGAAGCCCUGACCACUUCAAACCAGGAGGGACCUGUUCAACGAAGCCUGUAACGUGAGCAAAGGCUGGGUCUACCUCCUGCUAUGCAUUGGUGGAUGGAUUGUCAGACGUCCUCUAUUGUCCUGCAGUAUGAAUGAACUAAUAUUACUUUUUUUUCUUUGUUCACGCCAAGGAUUCUGUAAUUAAUUUAUUUUUUUUAAGAACUAUGCUGAGAUUGAGAUAUUUUUUCAUUUAUGCUAAAGUUCUGCAGAAGUUCUGCAGAAAAAAUGUUUAAUAUAUUUAACUGAGAGAUAAUGGCGAUCCUGGGUGUUGAUUAUGUUAACAGGAAAUAAUUGUUUCCUAACUAUUUGUGUAUUCGUACGUUCAAGCUACUUUAUGAUAGUCGUUCAAAGUAAUACGUAAAAAUCAAGACUCCUGCACGUUGAAGGCGGGUCACUUCAGACCCGUCGAAAGAAUUCGGAUUAAAGUUUUAUAUAGAUUUUUCUGCACAGCGUAUUGCACAUUUAUGCACGUGUCACCAGGUCCUGCAGCAGUUAUCCACGUUCAGUUCAACGUCCUAUCUAUCAAGUCCUUUACAGCAUUCAUUGUUAAUGAAUGACUGUGAGCUGCAGUAACCGGCUUUUUCUGUCCAAAUCUAUAACAGAGGGAAGAUUUCUCCAUCGUAUUAAUGUGCAUCUUGGUGAUUCUUGCAUGGCUGCAUUCAGUUUGUAAAGAAAAAACAGUGUUUGAGAGCAUGUUAUUCAGUAGACGGGGCGGCUCUCAGGCUAUUCAGUAAGUCAUGAUGCAAAAUUUACCUUUUUCUGUAAUUCUGUCGCUAGAUUUGUCCUUUUUUUGUAAUCCAAGUUGAUGUCAAACUGUACUUUUUCCAGUCUUCCUUUUUUUGAGUGGACAGAUAUAAUAUAGUACAGGUCUAUAUUUGCAGGUAUUUUCAUAAUGAUGCUAGUGCAAUUGACACAUCUGACAGAUUACUAACACUCAUACUCUUCCGAUUUUUAAAAAAAAACCUGCAUGUGGCCUUUAACAGUCAUAGCAUUAGCAUGGGCAUAAAAAGGCUAGAGGCGGAGCCUGUAGUCAACAUGAUGUGGACGACACUUUAUUGUAUUGAAAUGAGUCAAUCUGAAGUUUAUAAUCAUGGUUAAUUUGGAAAACUUGAAUAUUUCUUCUGUCGCUCAAACAAAAAUAUGUUUAUGCAUUUUGAAUCAAAGUGUGAUGCAAACAAAACACGGAAACUUUUCAAUGAAUACUAUGCAUUCACUAGAAUUUGAUUGUUUUUUAUUGAUUUUAGAUCCACCUUCGUUAUGUGUUCAGUUUGUCAAAUAUUUUAAAACAGAAGUCUUAUUAUGUGAUCUCCCUUAACUUAUGUUUUGGGUUUUUUUUGUAUUUGUGUUUCUCAUAAAAACCAAACUUUCAAGGUGUUUCUCAACCCCUCGCUCAGCACAGUUAGUCUAUUAAUCUCUCUGGCUGUGUUUGUGCUGUCAGAAACCAGAUAACGUUCAGACUUCCAUGUGGGCGUGUGUGAACGCACCUUUCUCUAGAACUGUAGCAUAUCAUUUUAUUUUGUUUUUGGAAAAAAAAAAAGAGCACACACACACAAACAUAAAGGAGUUUUUUAAUGUAGCAUUUCUUUGAAAUUUUCAUUUUGAUCAAUUUAUUUGUAAUUAAGAACCAUUUACACUCCAAACUAAGUUUUUUUAAUAAGUAAUGUUUCUAAAGUUGUGCUUUUCCUCGACUCCAAAUGUGAUUCAUGAUGACUGUGCCUUGACAUCUUUUGUUUUUUUUAAGCAAAUAAAUUCCUUUUCUAUGUAGUGAAGGAAAUUAAAAACUGACUCACUUUUGAGGAUAAAUAUGUAUUAAAAACAUUUAUGUCAUUAAAAGUAAGCCCACAGACAGCCGUAACCUAAACAAAGUUUUACAUGUUCAUCUCUAAAACAUGAAAGUCUUCCGGGGAAGCAACCUAAACGUGUGCUACUACCAACUGCUACAGUUGAGUUAUUGUAUGUAUAUGGACAUGUUUUCCCAGCGUCCUCAUUCUGUAGCGUUACAGUUAAAGGCUUUAUAUUCUCCAAAGGAUUGUUUGACAACGAGUGGUAGUCUCCUGUGCCACAUAUGGUAGCAAGCGACAUUGCAUCGACAUAAAUCUCUUAUCUUUUGUUAAACACAUAGGGACAGACUCUAAUUCUACUGAUGAGCAUCAAAACAAAGAGAACUUUCCACAUUGUGUCACUGAUAUUUUGUGAUGAGUUUGGCGCCUCUGCUCUGCAGAGCGGACCUGAAUGCAUUUUGACAUGUUUCGGUACCAUUCAACUGCAAGGAACAUGUAAAAAAAAAAAAAUGUGUCUGCACUUUCUAUUUUUGGAAAUAAGAUAUUUAUUUUUAUUCAUUGUUGAAUAAAGUUUCAUUUAGUGUGUCACACUUCAGACUGUCUUCCAGUUCACACAAACUUUUGAAGGUGAAAAGAAAUAAAAGACAAAAAGAAAAUGUGAAAA